GGGGAGGGGAAACGGGUCUGCUCGUUGUGUCAGGCCCAUGUCUGAAAACCCAGACACACGGUCGCAUUUCAGCAGAAGAAAGGCAACUACACAGGUCAAAAAAGCCAGAAGAGCUUGUGUUAUUUCUUUAUCCGCAGCAGCAAGAUGGAGUGUGAGUGGAAGCCAGACGAGCAAGGACUUCAACAAAUUUUACAGCUGCUGAAAGAGUCUCAGUCGCCUGAUACGUCCACACAGAGAUCCGUCCAGCAAAGACUCGAGCAGUUGAACCAGUAUCCGGACUUUAACAACUAUUUGAUAUUUGUUUUGACAAAGUUAAAAUCGGAAGAUGAACCGACUCGGUCCUUGAGCGGGCUGAUACUUAAGAACAAUGUAAAAGCUCACUAUCAGAACUUCCCUAAUGGCGUGUCUGAUUUCAUCAAGAGUGAGUGCCUCCAAAACAUUGGAGACUCAUCUCCUCUCAUUCGAGCCACUGUGGGUAUCCUCAUCACUACAAUUGCUUCCAAGGGAGAGCUGCAAAACUGGCCGGAGCUGUUACCCAAACUCUGCCUGCUGCUGGAUUCUGAGGAUUACAACACAUGUGAAGGAGCUUUUGGAGCUCUGCAGAAAAUCUGUGAGGACUCUGCUGAAAUCCUGGACAGUGAUAUGCUAGACCGUCCUCUGAACAUCAUGAUCCCCAAGUUCUUGCAGUUUUUCAAACACAGCAGUCCUAAGAUUAGGUCUCAUGCCAUCGCCUGCGUCAAUCAGUUCAUCAUCAGCAGGACUCAGGCUCUUAUGCUUCACAUCGAUCCUUUCAUUGAGAAUCUUUUCGCACUGGCGACAGACGAUGAGCCAGAAGUGAGAAAGAAUGUUUGCAGAGCUCUUGUUAUGCUGCUUGAGGUCCGCCUGGAUCGUCUCCUGCCACACAUGCAUAACAUCAUAGAGUACAUGCUGCAGAGGACUCAGGACCAUGAUGAGAAUGUUGCCUUGGAGGCCUGCGAGUUCUGGCUGACACUGGCGGAGCAGCCGGUGUGUAAGGAAGUGCUUUGUGGCCACCUCUCCCAGCUCACUCCGGUGCUUGUCAACGGGAUGAAGUACUCUGAGAUUGACAUUAUUCUGCUCAAGGGGGACAUUGAAGAGGAUGAGGCUAUUCCAGACAACGAGCAAGACAUCAGACCACGCUUCCACCGCUCCCGCACGGUCGCCCAACAGCACGAGGGUGAUGGGAUUGAGGAUGAGGAAGAUGAGGAUGAUGAACUAGAUGAUGAUGAUACUAUCUCUGAUUGGAACCUGCGCAAGUGUUCAGCAGCAGCACUUGAUGUGUUGGCCAACGUUUUCAGGGAAGAUCUGUUGAUGCACAUUCUGCCCCUCCUCAAAGAGCUGCUUUUCCAUCCAGAGUGGGUAGUUAAAGAGUCUGGCAUCCUAGUGCUGGGUGCUAUUGCCGAAGGCUGCAUGCAGGGAAUGAUCCCAUACCUGCCUGAGCUCAUCCCUCAUCUCAUCCAGUGUUUGUCUGACAAGAAAGCCCUGGUGCGGUCCAUCACCUGCUGGACACUGAGCCGCUAUGCGCACUGGGUUGUCAGCCAGCCCCCGGAUAUUUACCUGAAGCCUUUAAUGACAGAGCUGCUCAAACGCAUUCUGGAUAGCAACAAGCGCGUGCAGGAGGCUGCUUGCAGUGCCUUUGCCACUUUGGAGGAGGAGGCUUGUACAGAGCUGGUGCCCUACCUGGCAUUCAUCCUGGACACGCUGGUGUUCGCUUUCAGCAAGUACCAGCACAAAAAUCUGCUAAUUCUUUAUGAUGCUAUAGGAACGCUUGCAGAUUCAGUGGGCCACCAUCUCAAUAAACCGGAAUACAUCCAGAUGCUGAUGCCUCCCUUGAUCCAGAAAUGGAACCAGCUAAAAGAUGAAGACAAAGAUCUCUUCCCUUUGUUAGAAUGUCUGUCAUCUGUAGCCACAGCACUGCAAAGUGGAUUCCUGCCCUACUGUGAGCCUGUGUACCAACGCUGUGUCAACCUGGUCCAAAAGACCCUCGCUCAGGCCAUGCUUCAUCAGUCCCAACCAGAACAGUACGAGUCCCCUGACAAAGACUUCAUGAUCGUUGCUUUGGAUCUUCUUAGUGGACUGGCUGAAGGGUUGGGAGGCACCAUUGAGCAGCUGGUGGCUCGUAGCAAUAUCCUCACCCUCAUGUACCAGUGCAUGCAGGACAAAAUGCCAGAAGUUCGUCAGAGUUCAUUUGCUCUGCUGGGGGAUCUGACCAAGGCUUGUUUCCAACAUGUCAAACCAUGCAUUGCUGAUUUCAUGCCCAUAUUGGGUACUAAUUUAAACCCCGAGUUAAUAUCAGUGUGCAACAAUGCAACGUGGGCAAUUGGAGAGAUAUCUAUACAAAUGGGGCCUGAAAUGCAGCCUUACAUUGCGAUGGUGCUGCACCAACUGGUGGAGAUCAUUAACAGGCCCAAUACCCCAAAGACACUACUGGAGAACACAGCAAUAACAAUUGGUCGUCUUGGUUACGUUUGUCCUCAAGAGGUGGCACCCAUGCUACAGCAGUUUAUAAGACCCUGGUGCACCUGUCUGCGAAAUAUAAGGGACAACGAGGAGAAGGACUCUGCCUUCAGAGGAAUUUGCACUAUGAUCAGUGUAAAUCCAGGAGGUGUAGUGCAGGAUUUUAUAUUCUUCUGUGACGCAGUGGCUUCCUGGGUCAAUCCAAAGGAUGACCUCAGAGACAUGUUCUACAAGAUCCUUCAUGGGUUUAAGAACCAGGUGGGAGAUGACAACUGGAGACGCUUCGCAGAUCAGUUCCCAAUGCCACUGAAGGAACGGCUGGCAACCUUUUAUGGGGUGUAACUGUUUCCGCUGCACUGUGCCUCAUCACUGGGGUCAUUCACUAUGGGAGACAAUAUAGGGAACCAUCCCAGGGAGCAUGUUACCCUUUACUGGGGGGAAGGGUCUGCCUGCUGAGGGAAGGGGAAGGGGUGCUGACCCCUCCUUGAACCUGGUGGACGGGGUGGGAGGGAGAUGGUAGCUGCAGUUCUCAGUGCCCCUAUGCACAGGCAAGGGGCAAAAGGGACCGGCAGGAUAACCUUAUCACUGGAGGGAAAUUCAUGUAAUCAUAUCUCAAUCAGAAACUGUCACCUUUCUUUUUUUCUCUCUCUCGCUUUCUCGCACUUUCCAUUUAUUCUCCGAACAUCUUAUUUUCCAGACUACUGACAAGAAAUGAAUGCGAAAAUGGAGGAAUCUUUACAAAACCCUGUAAUUUCUGUUAGACGAGGAGAAACGUUGGUCUUCUGAUCAGAUAUGUGUUCAUAAGAGGAAAUGAGAAGUAUGAGGUAACGCUGGAGGUUCACUGAGAUACAUUUCCUUUAAGUACAGAGAUGGCUUAAAGCUAAGAAAAUGCUGUGAAAGCAUUUAAGCCGAAUUUUGCAAUGCUGCACAUCAACAAGAAUAAGUUAUCACUGGUGUAGAUUUCAGAUUAUUUCAAAGUUCCUACAGAAGAGGCUGUUGUGUGUCACUGGGGUUCACAGUGUCCUUUUUUUUUUUUCUUAAAUAAAUGAACAGCUUUCCUGGAAAUAGGUAGCAUGUGUAUAUCAUUGUGGAAAAGCUGUAGUGAUAUGUGUUGACAGCUGUCAUUGCCCUUUGAUAAGGAUUUUUUUUUUUUCCUUGUAAUUUGUAUUUACAGUACUCAUGUUUUCUUCUACCGGAGAAUUACGGCAAUCAGCUGUAAUGUAGCAUGACGGGGUUUACGCACACUGAUUUUUAGGAAAACGUGUAAAAUCUUGGCUGUGACGUGAUGUCCAGGUGAAUCUGUUUGGUCUUGUGGUGUGAAUGUGACAUGGACAUUCAUCUGCAGGCAUAUCAAAGCUUUAGAUACUUACUUUAUCCUUUAUAUUGUCUGAGCCCCGGGAAGGGCAAAUGAAGGAGAAGCGUGCAGGAUAACGAGAUCCUGUUUGCUGAUCGUUGUCUCGUUGUGUUUUGGGCGUAAAUAUUGCAAUGACACAAAUCCUGUCUCAGUGAUUUUUAUUUUAUUCUUCUUCCUUUUGUGACUUUGGCUGUCAGAACCAUAUAAACCAUCAAAUCAAUGUUAACUAUGUUUAUUUUUCAAUGUAGUGAUGUUUUUUUUU